AUGGCGCGACCACUACUGAGCGAACAACCACCCUCGGCGCUACUUCAAGGCGUUCUGGACACAUGUGACCUACGACGGCUACAUCGGCGACAUAUUCUCGGCUACUAUAGUCAUUCAUUUGAAUAUUGUGUUGCGUUUCACCUCAGUGAUCAGGCGCGUGGUUGCGCAACGGCGUACAAUGCAGAUGACGCGAAUCUUGCAUGGUUGCUGAAACUGGUUUCUGUGGAAACGAUGGCCAUUACGGCGCUUCCGAUAGAUGUUUGGUUAAAGGAACGCUUGAAAAAAUGGGUGCAGCUGUCUGGACAUGAAGAAAUUGAUUGA